CUGAUUGUAAAGAAAACUUCAACACGGUGCAGAACAUUGAGGAGUUGGCCUACAACGCGCUGUCCUUCGUGUGGAACGUCCACGAGGAAGCAAAGGUAUUUAUUGGGGUGAAUUGCUUGAGCACUGACUUCUCCUCCCAGAAGGGAGUGAAAGGGGUCCCGCUGAACCUCCAGAUCGACACGUACGACUGCGGCAACGGAACCAGCCAGCUGGUGCAUCGCGCCGUCUGCCAGAUCAAGAUAUUCUGCGAUAAGGGAGCAGAGAGGAAAAUGCGGGAUGAUGAACGGAAGCAGUUCAGAAGGAAAGGAAAAUGCCUGGACUCCAAUAACAAUGGUCUGAAAGGCUGUUUACUGUCCGGCUUCAGAGGAAAUGAAAUCACGUUCCUGAGGCCAGAAACUGACCUUGAAACCCAGCCCGUCCUCUUUAUCCCCAAUGUCCAUUUUUCAAACCUGCAGAGAUGUGGCACGGUGCUCCCUCCUGCUGUUCCCAACACGGCAAACAGGUUGCCCCUAAAGAGGAACGGUGCCUCGUUCUCUGAUGACUUUGACCCGAUACCUCCAAAACAAACCAAGGAAGAAGAUCCCCAAAGAGUCCUGCUGUACGUGCGGAGGGAGUCAGAGGAGGUAUUUGAUGCUCUCAUGCUGAAGACACCAGACCUCCAAGGCCUCAGAACUGCUAUAUCAGAAAAAUAUGGGCUGCCUGAAGAAAGCAUUUAUAAAGUCUACAAAAAAUGCAAAAGAGGGAUCCUGGUGAACAUGGACAACAACAUCAUCCAGCACUACAGCAACCACAUGGCCUUUCUCCUAGACAUGGUGGAAGCCGAGGACAAGGUCCAGGUCAUCCUCAAGGAGCUAUAAGGAGCCACAGGCAGCACUUACUGGGACUUCUCUCGAAGCCGGCAAGUUUGAUCCAACCGAGCUCAGCCUCAGCUCGUAGCCUCUACUUGAAUCCACUGCCCCCGGGAAGACCCCGGCCACGCGGUGCCGGGCCGGAGACUGCUGGGAAGAUCUAGCGAUGUGAACAUGAACUUCUCUCUGUUGAGUUUAUUAUUAUUAUUUUUUAUUCUAUU